AUGGCGAUGUUCCCCGCAUCUUCCGCCGCUCUGCACGCCUCGCCUUCGUUACUGUCACUUCCGGGUAGCGUGGUAGAGGGAGGGGAGAGGCGGGAGAGCGACGCAGGCGGGGAGAUACGGUUAGAUGUGGACUUGGGAGGGGUGGAAGGGAGGUGGGAAGAGAGACGGAGAGACGGAGCGCAUGCUGCAGCGGGUGGAGUUGGAGGAACGGUUGAAGGAAGGGGAACCUCAGGAGAAGCAGAAACAGCAGCAGCAGUGGGAGCAGGUGCAGGAGCAGGAACAGGAGCAGAAGGUGACGCAGGAGCAGGAGCAGCAGAAGCCGGGGCAGCAGGAGCGGCAGGACUUGCGGGUGUGUUAGCGGUAACAGAGACAGCAGGGAGCGAAGGUGAUUCAUCAGAGACAGCAAGCGACGCGGCAGGAGAAGCGGCGGCAAUGGCAAUCAUAGGAGCAAGGGGGGGCGGAGCAGGGAGAACAGCUGGAGCGGCAGAGGGACGGUCAGGGACAAACGGGGGGGUUCCCGCGGGUGGCGACUCUGGUGAUGGUGGUGGUGAGGACACGGACGGAGAGGGGAGAGGAGGGGGAGGGGAAGGGGGAGGUGAAGGCGGAAGCGGAGGCGGGGGCGGAGGGGGGGCGGUGACACGCGGGUCUGACAUGCACCUGGCUGCGCGGAGCCUGGAGCAGGCCGUGCCGUUCGCCUUCCUGCUGCUCUUCGUGCAAGUCCGGCAGCACCUGAUUGGCUUCUGCACCGUCGUGUGGCUGACAGCGACGCUCUUCAAGGCCAACGACUUCAUCCGCAAACAGGGCGCGCUCAAGGCUGAUCGCAAUCCGGUGCUGCUGGCGCUGGUAGCUGUGCUACUGCUUGCACACGUGGCAGUUGUUAAUUGGCUCUUCUGGCCCGAGCAGCUGUGGAGACCGCUUCUGCUCAUACCGCCUGCUGAAGUGCCUCCUUUCUGGCACGCUCUCUUCAUUAUAGUCACAAAUGACGUGUUGGUGCGCUUCAUGGCCAUGGCAGUCAAGUGUGGCAUCCUCGUUGCUCACCGCCGCAGCAAGGGGCUGCACAACCGCCACCAGGCCCAGGUCCUAACCCUAGUGGAGUACACAUCGCUUCUCUACCGUGCCUGUGUGCCGGCACCAGUGUGGUUCCAGUUCUUUCUCAACGACCAGGCAUACGGCCGCCUCACUGCCUCCCUCACUGCGGGGCUCUACCUCGCAUUCAAGCUCUCCACCUCGCUCGACAGGGUGCUUCUCUUUGUGUCCGCGGUCCGCCAAGCGGUUGGGAAGGGCGAGCAGUAUGGGACCGAGGCCACGCCUGACGAGGUGGCAGCAGCCGGCAGCAUGUGUGCCAUAUGCCAGGAGCACAUGACAGGGCCUGUCACGCUGCGAUGCCGCCACGUGUUCUGCGACGAAUGCGUCUCUGAAUGGUAA